AUGGCCCCCGCAGCCACAUUGGGGGCCGACCCCGACGGCGACGAUUCCUUCCUGAAGCAAGACAGGCUCGCAGCCCGUGCCUCCCGCUUCAACAACAAGCUGGAGGGCAAUCGCUACAAAGAGCUCGAGGAGGCACGCAUCAGGGAGCGCGAAGAAUUUGUCGCACAGGGCAAGAUAACCUCUGGUCAGACUGACCUCACGGCUGCGAUCGACCUGCGCGGAACAUGUGAGGAUAUGUGCUCCGAGUACGAGCGCGAGUUCCGCGAAUAUACGCGCGAGAUUCACCCGUUUGAAGCUAAGACCCCACAGCGUCGAAUAGAUCACGCCAAAGCCGUCGCGGCGUACACGCGCUCUGACGCUGGCGCUGGUCAUGGCACUGCAACGAUCCUUCCCUCAGAUCUGCGUGCGCCAUCUGCGCUCGUCCGUUCCCUCGACUACCUCGUGAACGAGAUCAUGAGUCUGCAACCGCCUCCAAACCCGAACUCCGUCAACCCACCGGCACCUUCACCCCGCCGCGCGCUAGGCUACUCGUCUGGCUUCAUUCGCGAUCGCACACGCGCCAUUCGCAAGGAGUUUACCCUGCAGUCGAGCUGGGGCCACGACGAGUCGAUCGCGACGUUCGAACGCGUUGCGCGUUGGCACAUCCUCUGCCUGCGCGAACUGCAGGAGGAGACAGGCACGAACACGGACAUGCACAUCGAUAACGCCGAACUCGGGCGCUGCUUCACGUCGCUGAGGCAGCAGUACAAUGACAGGCGAGAGGAAACGGGACUCGACAUGCCAUGCGCCAACGAGCCAGAGUUCCGCGCGUACAUGCUCAUCUACGACCUGGCCCGCAAGUCGGUGUCGAUCCCAACCUCCGAGCUGCCCCAGGUCAUCCUCGACCACCCACUCGUCCAGUUGGCGUGGCAGAUCCGGCAAGCGGCGCAGCGCAACUUUGAUUCCCAGAAGGAAGGUUCGAAGCUCAACGCUGAGCUUGGCGCCAACCUCAUCACCCGUUACAUCCGCCUCAUCAAGGAGGACCAUGUGCCGUACCUCUUGUCCUGUCUGGCUGAGAUCCGUCUCCGCGAGAUGCGCCGGAGUGCGAUUCGUGCCCUCACACGCACAUAUCCCAGGUUAAAGGGCGAGCCCAUCCGCCGCGACGAGAACGGCGAGAUCAUCGAGCGCAAGAUGGUGCUCAUGCCGACGCUGGACCGCCUGAUGGGUGCUGAGGAGCAAGAGACGCAGGAGGCAGCGUGGGACGACAUCGAGGGUGUAUCUCGCGAUCCGGACGAUGAGUCUGUCGCCGUCAUGCAGCGGUUCAACAUCGAAGUGUACGAGGACCUUGGAGACGACAUCCGGCCGAUGGGCGCGAUGAUCAACUUGGGAUCGCCGUACAACGACAACAAGGACGCGCCGUAUACACGCCGGUGGAAGCUUAUCUCGGAUAAGCUGGUCUCGUCAUACGCCGACGUCGUGGACGGGCGCGCUGGUGUAGGUAUCUCAGGCGGUCCUGCUGCCCAACCAGCAUCUGCCGCCCCGCCCCCACCACCACGGCUUCAUACCCAGCAGCGAGUGACCAUCAAGCCGGCGACCGUUCCCAACGGUACAGCUUGGCCUACGUCUGCUGCGCCUGCCGCUGCACCUAACACCUCCACUAGCGCGUUCCAUACCGGACGCAGUGCUUUUGCCGGGCCGAGCUCGAGCUCAGUCAGUGCGUUGGGGACGGGCACAAGCGCUUUCGGGCAACCAAAGGCUCCAACUUCUGUCAGCGCCUUUGGCACCCACGCCUACGCCUCGGGUAGUGCCUUCGGUCCGCAAGCGAACGGGAAAGCACCUGCAUCUGGCCCAGCGCCAGCGCCAUCUUUCGACUUCAAGGCCAAGCCGAGCUCGUUGCAGCCGGCUGCCCCCGCCUUCGUGUCCGCGACGAAAGAAGAGCCCAAGCCUGCGGAGCCCGCAUCGGCUAACCUCUCGCUGAAAGCGAUUCCGGACUUCUUCAAGACCGCUGCUCCUCCACCGUCGACCGCACCAGCUGCCCCGCCACCACCCAAGUUUGACUUCUUCGCGAAGAAGGACAACGAGCCAACAGAGCCCAAGCCCCAGGCCCCGCUCUUCAGCCAACCCGGCAUCUUCGACAACGUCCCCAAGCCCUCGCCCCCACCAGCAGCAGGUCCCUCCAAGCCUGCCAUCCCCAACUUCUUCACCUCAACCACGGCGGCUGCGGCGGGCUCGGUCUUCUCCUCAACCUUGCCCACCCCGCAUCCGACUCCGCCCCUCGAACCGACCCCCCCACGGACACCACCAGAGCCGGUUAUCCCCAGCAUUAAGAUCACGCGCACUUACAUGCGCAGGCUGCCUUCAAUCCUGAGAGACGAGUUAGUUGCCGAGGUUAUCAGAGGAUUAGUCGAGGACAACAAACCAACGUUGUCCAAGAUUGUCAAGCUGCACGAGACGGAAGAAGACCGCAGGCGAUCAAAACUAGAGCGCGCCGCGCUCAUCCGCAAGCGGGCGCGGGAGGUGUUCAACGAGCUCCUCGCGGACCACGUUCGGUCCGAGCUUUUCGCGGAAUGGUUCUACGGCAUGCGCGCACGGACGUAUGCGUACGCGAUUGCGCGGAAAUGGCUGGCCUGGACGCGGCGGCGGGUGGACGCGCGCGAGAGUGUGGCACGGCAGCGCGAGCAGGACCGGGAACACCUCAAAGGUAUGGGCCUGGCACGGUCAUACGGCUACGUCGACGGGACAUCGCAUGUCACCAGCCGGUCGCGGUCGGUCCGCUCCGGCGCGCCAUCCCUCAUCACGCUGCCAGAACAGAUCGACCAGGCGGAAAACAAAUUCAGCGAGAUCCAGGAGAUGCGCCGCAAGUUCUUCGACAGCGAUUCGUCGCUCUUCAAGGCUAUCGCUGGGCGAGUUGCCCCGCUGAUCCGGCCCGCGCCGUAUGAGGCCGCGCCACUGUGGGAGACGGUGCUCCUCACCGCUGGGCAGUCGGGCUCGCCCGCCGGCGAGGGCGCGUCCGCGUGGCUGUCGUCCAAACUCCUCACGCCGAACCGCGGCCCAAGAGUGCUCGAUGGGGUCUACUACCAUGGCGACGUCGGCUUCCGCUCCUCGACCACGGACGUGGGAGGUAGAUUGCCUGGCUCGUCCUAUACGGGCCUGUACAUCUUCGAGGCGCCGCUCAUGACGCUCAACACGGUCGCCAGAUCGCGAAAUAUCGACGAUGCAGGCGAUCGCCUCGAAGCUGCCGCCGGCGCGGUCCAGCAGGGCUCCCGCUAUCGUGCGGGGCUGAUCAUCCUGACGUGGGAGUCCGAGAGCCUCGAGGACGUGGUUCUGCGCCUGGGCAUCGAGCAUGAUGUCGAGCAGUUCGAGCACGUCGCAGCCGUGUCAAUCCACAACCCCCAGACGUUUGGGACGCUGUUCUCAGCGGCGCUCCGCACCGUUAUCCCCGCCGACCCGCGCAAAGCGCAGGUCAAUGUCGCGUUGCACGACAUCGCCGAGCGCAUGCAUGCAGCCUACCUAGAGCUGCUGCAUGUCGCGGACAAUAUCUUCACCGAGUUCCCUACGGAGCCGCGUCUCGUCCCAGUCGCCGUACAGGCCGCGUACGACCUGCUGUCCUCCCUCCCACUCGCGAUCGAGGAGCAGGUCGCCGAGUUCGGCGAGGCCGACGACUCGACGUACGUUCGGCCCGCGCUGCCGCACUUCGACCCGCCCGCAUCCUGUGAUGCGGUGUCCGUCGCCGAGUCACUGCAGGCGUACAUGGCCCAGCCCGAGCUCGGGGCAGGCGUCGCUCUUGCCUGCGCGGAACUCCGGGACGCUGUAGCCCACUCCCGUACACUCCCGGUGCGGCAGGUGCUUGAAGCGCUCGGCGUGCACGUAAGCGAAGGUGUGCGGUACGCAACACUCCGCCUCGAACAGUGGCUCGACGACCCGCACCAUCUUCACGCGGCGGACACAAUCGAGAGGAAGAUCCUGCGCGACGUGAGAGCCGCCGCGGGCGCCGCAGUCCGGAGCUUGGCGGAAGAGGCAAUGCUUGAGCGUGCGCGUGUGACGGCUCUUCCCCCCUCCCCGCCCUUGACGCCGAGUACGACGAGUGGAGUGAAGCGUGCACGCGAGGACGACUUUGAUCCCGUCAAGGCCAAGUCUGCUCGACUUGCGGCCUUGAUUGCGGGCGCUAAGAAGGGCCUCGCAACGAGUCAAGCGGCCGUCGGGGCAGCAGAGAGCGGCAAGAUGUGGCGUUUCUACUAG